GUCAAUUUUUAAACAAUUAAAAAUUAAUUAAGGAGGAUUAAAUAAAAAUAUGAAAUAUUAUACAGAAUUAAAUGGAUUAAUGUAUGAAGAAUUUUUCAUAAAUUUGACGAUCGCCAAUAACUUGCAUUUCUUCCUAUUAAACAGGUAUAAUAUCAUAAAUAAAAAAUUAACAUUGCCGUUGUUCUUCUCAUUCUUAGCAAUUCUCAGUAUUCUUUUCAAAAACUACUAAGCGCAUGUCUGCCCUUUUCCAUGAAAGGGGAUGAAAAGCUGCGUGUGGGUAGUUCUCAUUCCAGUGUCUCUCUGAAACUGAGGUCAGAAAGUCGAAAAAAUAAUUAUGUCUUCUGAAGAGCAAUUAUUGGCUUCCUUCAAUAGCUCGAUUCAAAAAAUCGUAUCUGUUCUUUAUGCACGACUGAGAAAUCGGACCGUCAAAGUCCGAGCGCCUCCUACCACGGCCAAACCUUUUUAUGAGCCGUGUUAUUCCACCGUCCUUUUUGAGAUUUUGGAUUUCUUGCACGUGUACUACAUUCCGUUCAUCGUCGUCGUCGGCAUUUGCUUCAACGCUCUCAAUGUCUACGUUUUUCUCAAGACGCACCUGAAGCACCGAAGCUCCAGUUAUUACCUGGCGGCCCUUGCAGUUUCCGAUUCAGGCUUCCUCGUGUCCCUGGGGAUGAUUUGGUUCGGUGACUCGAUCGGCGUGCAGACGUUCAACAGGAGCGGGUGGUGUCAACUUGUAAUCUACUUGAGCAGCACUUCGAGUUUCCUCAGCGUGUGGCUGACGGUCGGCUUCACCAUCGAGCGCUUCAUCGCCGUCCAAUACCCCUUGAAGCGUCCGCACGUUUGCACAGUGGCUCGUGCGAAGAUCGUCGUCUUGGGACUGGCCAUUCUCUCGCUCGCCCUCAAUUCGUACGUUUUGGUAAUCGCCGGCGUCGUGGAGAAUGAACACGGAGCGGACACUUGCGACAUGCGAGCCGAGUACGGAGAGUUGCUAAGUAAAAUUACUCUGGCCGACAGUCUUAUCACGCUGGCGAUCCCCUCGGUGCUCCUUGUCUUUAUGAACGUCUUAAUUACCAGAAAACUAAUUGGUUUCAAUCACCGCUUCCACGUUGACAACCAGCACGACCCCUCAACAGGCAAUGCAGUGUCUUCGGACAAUCUCAGGAGGCACCUAAGUUCACAACAUUCUUUGCAUUCUGCAAAGACCAUCAGCUCCAGAUUAACCUCCAACACUAAUAGAUCUACUGGAUCUACUGAAGCUUCACAAACUAGCAGAGAGCUGCGCUUUGUUUCUCAAAAUGUUGCAACUACAGGAACCCAUUGUCAGAGGAGCAUUACUAAAAUGCUUCUUGUGAUUUCAAGUACAUUUUUGCUGCUAAACAUGCCAAGCUACGUGUUCCGCCUCUACACUAUAGUCCAAUCUCUUUGGGGCCAACCUGCGCCUCCUCCAAUGUGGUGCCUCCAGCAGUUCUGCAUGUUGCUCUACUAUACCAACUUUGGCAUCAAUUUCAUUUUAUAUUCUUUGUGUGGCUCUACGUUCCGCCGGUGUGUUCUCCAAAUUGUGCGAAGAAAGAUUUGCUUGUUAUCCAAGUGUUUUUCAAAGUAGUAAAAGUAUACUUUAUUGAUGGAAUGUUAAUUUUUUUAAUAUUUAUAUGUAAAAUUUAAUAUUUUAUUAACAAAACAUUAUUUAAGAAUAUAGAAUAUUUUGUUUAUCUCAGUUUAUCUAAAUUAUAGCCAAUAUUAAUUUACAAUAUUUAAUAAAAUAUCCUUCCAAUGGU